AUGUACGAGAACUGUGAGAAAUGGAGAAAAGAUUUUGGGGUUGACACCAUUUUUGAGGACUUCCAUUACGACGAGAAGCCCUUAGUGGCCAAGUACUACCCGCAAUACUACCACAAGACCGACAAGGAAGGCCGCCCCCUGUACUUCGAAGAGUUGGGUUCCGUCAACCUCACUGAAAUGUACAAAAUCACAAACCAAGAGCGUAUGUUGCGCAAUCUAGUUUGGGAGUAUGAAUCUUUUGUCCGCUACAGAUUGCCUGCGUGCUCCAGACAGGCUGGGUACCUUGUGGAAACCUCAUGUACUAUUUUGGAUCUCAAAGGCAUUUCCAUAUCUGCCGCCGCCCAGGUAUUGAGCUACGUGAAAGAGGCUUCUAACAUCGGCCAAAAUUACUACCCUGAGCGCAUGGGCAAGUUCUACUUGAUCAAUGCACCCUUCGGGUUUUCCACAGCGUUCCGCUUGUUCAAACCCUUCUUGGAUCCAGUCACCGUGUCCAAGAUCUUUAUUUUGGGUUCUUCAUACCAAAAGGAGCUUUUGAAGCAGAUCCCUGCCGAGAACCUGCCAGUUAAGUUUGGCGGCAAAUCGGAGGUUGAUGAAUCGCAGGGUGGCCUUUACCUCUCGGACGUUGGGCCAUGGAGAAAUCCGAAGUUUAUCGGACCUGAAGGAGAGGCUCCCACCGCAUUCAAGCUCUAA